AUGAAUUUCCAUUUGUUACGAGACGCCGUUCACGUGCCACAGGCAACCGUACGCAGCAGUAUAAAGGAGGGUAUCCGUCUGGAAAUGAGACCAACAGGGUAUGGGUUAGCCAAGGCGGUGUUUAUUGUACUCCUACUCCUAACGACAACAGCCGUACAUGCUGAAAACCAGGACAUCCAAGUAUCAGGGGACGACCUGGAUACUUCUGCUACAGGUUAUGGUUCAAGUGGUGGAGGUGGUAAUGGUGGUGGUGGUUCCAUCAGUAUCCAGGCCAUACCGGUAUCAGUAAGUGGAGGAGGUGGAGGUGGUCAUGGAGGUGGAGGAGGAAGUGGCGGCGGUUACGGAAGUGGUGGUGGAGGAGGAAGUGGCGGCGGUUACGGAAGUGGUGGUGGAGGAGGAGGAAACGUUGCCCUUGGACUCCUUGCUGUGCCCCUUUCCCUGACUUCAGGAGGGAACGGCGGAGGUGGUGGUGGUGGUGGAGGAGGAGGAAAAGGAGGGGGUUUUGGAGGAUGGUGGGAUUAA